ACCACACCCAGGAGUGUCCUUUCUGGCUGAAGAAGUACCUGGAGCAGGGGAGAGCUCUCUGCUGAGAACAGAGCUUCCCAGGAUUUCUCUCCUCCAGAAGUCUCCCUCCUCUCCAGUCAGCUGCCACGCUACAGGUUUCUUCCCCGACAGCGUCAUGUUGUUCUGGAGGAAAGACGGGGAGGAGCUUCAUGAGGACGUGGACCUCGGAGAGGUCCUCCCCAACCAUGACGGGACCUUCCAGAUGAGCGCUGACCUGAAGGUUUCAUCCAUCUCCCCUGAAGACUGGAGGAGGUACGACUGUGUGUUCCAGAUCUCUGGUGUGAAGGAGGACAUCGUCACCAAACUGGACAAAGACUCCGUCGAGUCCAACAGAGAGAAGCCCAUCAGCGUGACCACCAUCAUCAUCGCUCUCGCUGUCGCUCUCGUUGUCGUCAGCGCUGUCAUUGGACUCAUCGUGUACAGGAGGAAGAAAGCCCAAUGUACCUCACCUGCUGUAAAAGAUCCAGGUGCCUUAGAGCCGCUGAAAUCAGGUGAACGAGGUUCUAAUUCUCCAAGUGAGACGUCCUCCUGAACACAGUUGAUGGACGAGAAGCAGUGUCACCACAGUCUCCCCCUUACGCUGGGAACUCAUUGAUUAUUCAUCACUCAAAUCAUAAACUGAUAUUCAGGGUCAGAUAUUGAUUGAAAUACAAAUAAUACAAUUUUUU